GCUGUAACAGUUGGCUAGAAUACCUAACUGCAUCUUCUGGCGGUCCAAUGGAACCCGACAUGAUGGGGCCACAACCGACCAUGGGCGAAGCGGGAGAGGAGUAUAGGACAUCGCCUGAUCGAGCUCUGAGAGAACUGAAGGAACGAAUAAGGCAAGAAGCACCGCUGAGAUGGGAUGACCAAACCAAUGACGGAGGGUCCGGCGUAAGAGGCGAACCAGUUGCAACAGAGCCGCAGGAGGCUCUAAGGACGGGUACCUCGAGCGGACGACAAGAAACGACGAGACGACGCUCCCCCGAGUACGAGCGGAGAGACACCAUAGCGGAUAGGCACAGAGACGACUGGGGAGAGAGUUUGAGGGAUUCCUAUUGGAGGGACAGAGAUAGAGACAGGGCGCCGCCCAGGCGAGUCUUCGACCUCCAGACAGGGGAGUCACAUCCACUCCCUUACGAGAGCAGGGAUCGCUAUAUUAUUACGCACAAGGCCUCAGAGCCUCCUACCUUCAGGGGCUAUGGUAUCACAGAAUAUCUGGAGAAGUGGGAGUUUCACGCCAACCGAAGUCAGUGGUCGGAGGAAGAGAUUAUAGAGAACUUCCUAUUUAAUGUGGACCCAAGUCUUGGUAGGGAAGUUAAGGAAGCUCGACCGAAGGAUGGGAAAUGGACUACGUACAAGAAGAACCUCGUUGAGCUUUACAAAUUGGAGGAUAACAAGUAUUUCAUCAAGGACCUUGAAACAAUGACUCAAGAUGAAGAUGAGAGCGUACGGGCAUUUGGGAUGCGUAGGCAAAAGAGUAUACUUAGAGAUCUUCCGCGCGACAGGCUUGAUUUUCCAGAAGUCCUAAAACUCGCGAUAAAGGCAGAGGCAGACGAUUACAAGGACUUGGUGUGGAGAGGGAUGAGGAGACGUGACUUCUCUCUCUACAAGGAGUAUGCCACUGAUAGAUGUCCUGAUUUCAAGGAUUAUCCCUGGUUCGAGAAGAAUGAGGCCGUGGCUGAGGAAGUGAAGGAGAUACGGGACAUGGUGAAGGGAUUAACGAGACAGGUUACAGAGAAUGUGACCGCCACAGGGGCCACGGCCUACCGGGACAAACCUGGAGAGCCCUAUUCACUUCGCUGGGACCGUAGGAACAACGAUCCCUGGAGGAGUGUCGAGGAUAGAAAUCCUCGGACGAUGACUGAUUAUCACCGAGACCGCAGAGAUCGCGAGCCGUUUGUGCGAGCAAGGAGGCUGGAUGAUUACCCGCGAAGCCCUCGCUAUGAGGCCGAUCGGGGUAGAGGCGACUCCCGCGGCCGAUGGGAGACAGAACAGGGCCGACGAGAUGGAUAUAGGGACGACAGAUACGAGAGAUCGGACCGAGAUGGAUAUAGGGACGACAGAUACGAGAGGUCGGGUCGAGAUGGCUACAGAGGAAGUAGAUAUGAGAGAGGAGAUCGGGACUGGGAACGACAAGAUGGGUUGCGCGGACGGUUUGAGCGCGGGGGAGAUGCGAGAGAGCAGCGCGACGAGUCGCGGGGGUGGUACAACCGAGGGGACCGACGCGAUGAGUCACGACGACGAUAUGACUCGGGGGACCACCGGAAUGAUUCGCGAGGGCGGUAUGAGCAAGGAGGGUAUGGAGGAGACCGCCGCAACGAUUCGCGCGGUCGGAAUGAGAGAGGGGGAUAUGGCGUCUCAUCAGAACCAUAUCCUAAGUCGCCUGACCCCAAGGCGGCCAGGAGUUCGAUCUCUAGAGGCGCAGACGACAGGCCAUCUACUCCCAGGAACUCAUGCGUCUACUGUAGAGGAGAAGAUCAUAUCAAGAGGGAUUGCCCGGACCUCAAACGGGCAAUAGAUGAGGGACUUGUCGUGCUUGACGACUGCAAGUACGUCAAGUGGGCAAAUGAUCAGGGAGAUGUAUCGAUGCUCCCUUCGAUGAAGGAGAAUGUCGAAGCAAGGAGAAUAAAGACGAGUAAAGGAAUGAAGCCGGUCAGGAGCCAGAGCAUCAAGAUAACCUUUGAGGGGGAUAUGGCGACCACACCCAUAAGGGUGGCAGCCACCAAGUCGGCAAGAGGGUCUACAUCGAAGAAGACUGACACGGAUUACGUGAUGACGGAGAAGGACGGGCAGCGGGUCGAUGGAGAGGAGGUUAUCCUUUCGCUGCGAAAGAGGGAGUGAAGAAGUUCUUAAUGAAGAGUUCGCUGGACG